AUGGUCUCGGGCAUGGUGAGCAGACAGACUACGUUCCCCAUGCAAAGCAAGGCCGCCAUGCCUUCCCGCCUCACCGAUUUCGGCGCUGUCAGGUCGCCCGAGGACGAGCGCGCUCCCGGCGCCGCUCUGCCUCCGAACAACUACACUAACGGCGCCAACGGCUGGAGAGGCAGCAACAUUUGGGGCAAUGGCGCCCUGGGCACAGGCUUUGCCUCGCGAGAACGUGCGGAUUUUCCUGCAUUUUCGCCCGCCUCGCGUGCUAAUGUGGGCUUAGAAAAUGGCUCAUUCAGGGCCUCGCUACCGGAAGAGAUUGAGGGUAAGACUGGCUCCGGGUCCCUCGUAGCCUCGUCCGAGUCAGAUCACUGGGGUCCUCGUCGCACUACUCCAUGGAACACGGCAGAUACUAGCGCCCAACCGAUAAACUCGCAACGAAGAGCAUCCAGUGUCUCUCCGGUCAGCCAGGUCCAGGCUUCCCAGGCGUACGCGGACCCUUCGCAGCCCCGGGCGUAUCCCGUCGGCCGUGCUUCAAUCGCCGGGCAAGGGCUUGGCAGCAAGGCUAUGAACAUGCCCGGAAACUUUGUUGGCCGUCGUGCAACAGAGGAUGGCUACGGUGUCGACUUUGCAAGGCUGGUGGAGUUGGAGCAGCGUCAGCGCUCCACAGACUCGAUGAGGUGGACUGACGCGCAGCACCUCCACUCUCCAACCGAGGACCGCCGCAGCGUCGCCAACUCGGAAUAUUUCUCAAACUCCAGCGCUACGCAGUCUCGAAGUGGUAGCCUCCCUCCUUCUCGCCACGGCUCCGACCCAGUCCAGUACCCUCAAACUACCGAUGCCUUCACCCGCUUCCCCGGUGCUCGUGGACACACGGCAUCUUUGUCACAGACAAAUGGCCGUUACAACGAGCGGACCGACUCCAUGGCCAGUGAAGUCAUGUCCUCGUUCGCGCGGAUAAGCAUUGAUAGCAAAGCACCCGAUCAGCCUUUGCCAUUCCAUAAAUCGUCCUUCAGCACUGCCAGCGGCGCUGGCCAAUUUGGACAUUCAUCUCACGCAUCAUCCUACUCCCGUGCCACUCUUGGCGACAUUACCCAGAAUGUUCUUGGAUCUGACGAGGUUGGUGCCGGAUCCUUUACGCCUGACGGCUUCCCUUCCCAAUACGACCAGACUGUCUCUUACAGAAACUAUCAGCUCGGAAACCGUGGAUCGAUGACCCCUAAUGGCGACUUCCGCACGAACUACUACUCGACUGGUGGUACCCCACCAGUCUUUGAUCAUCUGUACCCCUCGCGGAGCGUGCAAAACGGCCGGCCGGGUCCCGACGGCCACUCCGUCCUGCUUGACAGGAAGCUCCGUAGUGUGCAGCAAGAACAGCAGGCGUUCAUCCACCCCGGAUACCAGCAGAUGCUUGCUGCACAGUACGGUCGCCCAUUCGACGCAUAUGGCUUCCCUAUGCAUAUGGGCGGAAUGUCCCCUGGAAUUCCUAUGCAUAUUCCUACGAUGCCCGGGAUGAUUCCGCAGCUCGAGCCCCCGAAGGGUCCCAGACAAGAAGAGAGUGGUACCGGGCUCAGGAGUGCCAUGCUGGACGAGUUCAAGCACAACAGCAGGAGCAAGAGAUAUGAACUCAAGGACAUCUACGAGUACAUUUGCGAAUUCAGCGGCGACCAGCACGGCUCUCGUUUCAUUCAGCAAAAGUUGGAGACUGCCAACAGUGAUGAAAAAGAACGGGUGUUCAAGGAGAUCCAGCCCAACGCCAUGCAGCUGAUGACGGAUGUUUUCGGCAACUAUGUCAUCCAGAAGUUUUUCGAGCACGGAGAUCAGAGCCAGAAGAGGAUUCUGGCCAGCAAGAUGAAGGGUCAUGUUCUGAACCUCUCGUUGCAGAUGUAUGGGUGUCGCGUGGUGCAGAAGGCACUGGAGCAUGUUCUCGUCGACCAGCAAGCGGAAAUGGUGAAGGAACUUGAGAACAAUGUUCUUCGGUGUGUGAAGGACCAGAACGGCAACCACGUCAUCCAAAAGGCCAUCGAGCGCGUGCCGGCUCAGCACAUCCAGUUCAUCAUCGAUGCCUUCAUUGGCCAUGUCUCUUCGCUUUCGGUUCACGGAUACGGAUGCCGCGUCAUCCAGCGCAUGCUUGAGCAUUGCGAAGAACCGGCUCGCCGCGCCAUCCUUUCCGAACUCCACGCAUGUGCGCCGACGCUUAUUCCCGAUCAGUAUGGCAACUACGUCACCCAGCACAUCAUCGAACAUGGUGCCCCUGAGGACCGCGCCGCUAUCAUCGAAAUUGUCAAGAAUCAGUUGCUUGCUUUCGCCAAGCACAAGUUUGCCAGCAAUGUCGUUGAGAAGUGCCUGAUCUUUGGCAGCGACGAUGAACGUAGGGAGAUUAUGAUGAAGAUCUGUGAGAGGCCUGAACGAGGCGAGUGCACGCUCGUGAUGCUCAUCAAGGACGGAUACGGCAACUACGUUAUUCAAAAACUGCUUGACACGUUGAACGCGACGGACUACAUGACAUUCCUCGAUCACUUGCAGCCUGAGAUGAACAAGGCCAAGAAGACGCUCGCAGGGAAACAAGUCCAAGCUGUAGGCAUUUCUGCUGAUGACCAGCGUAAACUUGCUAACCAGAUCGAAAAGGUCGAGAAGAAGAUGCACAGGUUUGACAAGUAUGAGCUGGUGCCGGACUCAGUGCAGCGCAACAGCAUGAGCCCGACUUCUCUCAACACGCAGCCUUCUGUGCCGGAGACGCCCAAGUCGUCGACGACGGAUGACAAGAGCACGCAGCCAAGCUCGCCCAACACUGCCGGGACCAGCUCGCCCGAGCAAGAGCGUGCGACCAAGGCAUAA